AUGUCUGAAAACAAUUUGAGUACAUGUACAUCUUCUGAUUAUACUAAAGAUACAGCCGAUACAGUUGGAAUGGAUGAAGAGGUGUCCAAUUCGUUAUCAACCAGUUUGUCAUUUAGUCAGAGUCCAAUCCUUACUUUGAAGUCACCCAUCAAAUUAACAAUAGAUGAAAACCCAACAUGCAGUCAAAAUGAUGCCCUAAACUCUGAACUAUUAUCUGAAAACAAUUUGAGUACAUGUACAACUUCUGAUUAUACUAAAGAUACAGCCGAUACAGUUGGAAUGGAUGAAGAGGUGUCCAAUUCGUUAUCAACCAGUUUGUCAUUUAGUCAGAGUCCAAUCCUUACUUUGAAGUCACCCAUCAAAUUAACAAUAGGAUUAUUAGACAAUGUAGAGGAAGAAGCUGAUUUGAUCUAUACAAAACCAAAUACCAAAGAAGAUAACUCCAUAACAGUAUUAAAGUGCACUAAUGAAGAAGAAUACCAAGUUAUGGAUAGUGUGUUCCCAAAUGAUCCUGUUCAUUGGCCAGAAACCAUGUCAAAUGAAAUAUUAACAUACUUUGUGAAUCUCGGACCUUGUCAGCCAUUGUCUUCUGAUCUAAAAUACAACAAAGUCCCUACAAAAAACUAUGGAUCAGGAAAUAUUCGGUCAUUCCAUGAAAGUCAUUAUUUUCAAUGUUUACCAGAUGGCAACUUAACAAAACGCACCUUGCUAUCAUACUCGCCUUUACUUGAUAGAGUAUUUUGCAUGUCUUGUAGAUUAUUUGGUUUGGUUAAGGCAAAAAAAUCAUUUUUAUCUUCUAAAGGUACCUGUGAUUAUAGAAACAUUGCUAAAACAAUUCACCAUCACGAGUGUUUACCCGAACAUAUUCAAAGUGAGAUUAGCCGGGGCUUGUACUUCACCAGAACAAGAAUUGAUAUCACACUUUUAAAAUCAGCAAACCACCAAGUAGCUGAAAACCGAGAAAUCUUAAUGGUUAUCAUUGAUGCUCUACUUUUUACUGCCAGACCGAAUAUUGCAUUAAGAGGGCACGAUGAAAGUAAUACCUCAAUGAACAAAGGGAACUUUUUAGAACUUUUGAAGUUAUUAUCAAAACAUCAUGGGCCCUUAAAUUCUCAUUUACAAAAAAUAGAAGGUAAACACAACCGAGUUACAUUUUUAUCAAGUUUAAGUCAAAACAAACUGUUGAGCAUAUUAUCAGAAAUUGUGCGUUCUAAGAUUUUAUUUGAUGUUAAAAAAUCCGGUCUCUUUUCAGUCAUCAUAGACACUACUACAGACGUGUCUACGUUAGAGCAAUUUACCUUUUUACUUAGAUAUGUAAAUGAUAAAGGUAAAAUUGAAGAAAGAUUAGUGGCAUUGGUAACUUCACCAGAUUCAACUGGAAAAGGAAUGUAUGAAGUAUUUUGUAAUAUAACAGAAAAAUAUAAUAUUAAUUGGAAAAGAGAUUUGUUUGCACAAGCUUACGAUGGAGCAGCUUCAAUGCAAGGCCAAUAUUCAGGAUUAAAAACUUUAAUACAAAAUGAAAACCCUAAUGCUUUAUAUGUGUGGUGUUCUGCACAUCUUUUAAACUUGGUAAUAGUUGAUACAUGUGACUGUUGUACCAAAACAAAGGUUUUUUUUGGUGAUAUUAAAGCAUUAGUUGAGUUUAUGCGUGCACGAAAAAGAACUGCUACUUUUGUAUUUUUUCAAAAUAAAUUAUAUCCAAAUGAACGAGUGCGACGCUUAAAACGUUUUUCUACCACAAGGUGGACUUCACAUGACCGAGUAAUUACAGUAGUAUAUGAAAAAUAUGCUGCAUUAUUACAAUCAUUGAAUGCUAUUGCUUCUGCGGAAGAUUCUGAUCGCGAAUCAAGUUCAACAGCCAAAAGUUUAUCAAUGAGAUUAUCUUCUUUUGAAUUUAUUAUAGCCAUGAAUUUAGUUAAAACUAUAUUUGCAAUUACUACUCCAGUUUCAAAUUACCUUCAAUCUAAAUCAAUUGAUUUUAUAGAAGCAAUUAAUCUUGUUGAUGUUGCUAAGAAUCGUUUAAUUGAUCUUAGAGAUGAUGAUAAAUGUCAAAAUCUGAUAAAUGAAGCAAAAAGUUUUGCAAAAGACCAAAACUUAACAGAAAGGAACUUUAAAGAAGUCAGGUUGCGUAAAAAAAAAAUUAUGCCUGGAGAAUUGUCUAGAGAUGAAAUUUCUUCUACUGCUCAAGAUGUAUUUAGAAGUGAUGUGUAUUUUAAAGUGUUGGAUGUCAUUAUAAAUUCUAUUGAAUCAAGGUUUAAAGACUCUAGAGAGAUAAUGAAGGACCUUUGUCUACUUUCACCUGAACGACUUCUGUCUUAUAGUAAAAAUAAUAGUAAAAAAUUGCCUGAAGAUGCUUUUGACCAAUUAGCAAAAUGGAUACAUGGUAUAAAUUUACAAGAUUUAAGAGUAGAGUAUUUAGCUUUCAGUAGUAGUUUACAUAAAUUGGUCGUAGGACUUGAACCAAAACAACUACAUGAGAAUGUCAAGUGUAUACAAAGUUCUGAAGAUAGUGAUUCUAGUAUCACUAGUUAUGAAGAUGACAGACAAGUAGUUGAGAAAAAAGUUAGUGUAGAAAGAAUUCUUCAUAUUUUGUCAAGUUACAACUUGAUAUCAGCUUUUCCCAAUUUGUACAAAGCUUAUAAGUCACUUGGUACAAUACCUGCUUCUUCUGCUUCAGCUGAACGUAGCUUUUCAAAGGUAAAAUUGAUUAAAACUCGCCUACGUUCCACAACUGGACAAGACCGACUUGAAAGCUUAUUGAUUUUGAGCAUGGAAAAGGAUAUUGAAAUCAAUUACAAUGAAGCCAUAAAUACGUUUGCCAUGACUUCAGAUGUUUUAAAAAAACAAUUGCUGUAA